GCUCGCUGAGUCGCUGAGUCGAGUCGGCCAUUGUACACAUCACUUCAGACUUGGACAACUCGCACUCCUUUCUCCCGAGGCUAUGAAGUCAAGGCCAGCUCUGACGGUGGUGGCGUCUGACCGCGAGCUUGACUGCAAGCACCGAGGCGACGAUGACGACGACAAGUUCGAAGUCUCGUGCGAUAUUGGAGAGACGACGCUACACAAGGCCGGCCUUCGGAUCAACAGCUCGGGCGUCACGUUCGCGGAAGACAAGCCCGGCCACAAACACGACGAAGACGAGGUCGGUGAGUGCGUGGUGAUCUCUCACUCGACGCGAAAGCUCGUGGCGCUGGACCAACUGGAGACGUGCAGCAUGAUCGGGAGGGGCAGCUCCGGGCAAGUUUUCAAGGCGCGACACUGUGACACGAGUGCGUUGUAUGCAGUCAAAGUGGUGACCAACGUGUUCGACAAGCCCAGGCGCGACCAGCUUCUCACCGAGAUCCGCACGCUCUACGGCAUCGAGAGUGAGCACCUUGUGGGGUUCUACGGCGCAUACUUCCAGGACCACGCGUUGAGCAUCGUGCUCGAGUUCUGCGCCUUGGGGUCUCUGGACCAACUCCUCGCAAAACUGCCUAAGCACGCUGACGUCGUACCAGAACGCGUCGUUGCCGCCAUCGCAAUGCAGGUGCUCACGGGACUCGCGCACCUCAAGCGAGUGCGCCACGUCCACCGCGACAUCAAGCCGCAGAACAUUCUCGUCCAGCAGGAUGGGUCGGUCAAGCUGACGGAUUUCGGACUCGCCCGCGAGCUGUGUUCCUCGACCAGCAUGGCUCAGACCUUCGUGGGUACCUUCAAGUACAUGGCCCCCGAGCGCGUGCAAAAUGAGCCUUACGACUACAAGUCGGACGUCUGGAGCGUCGGCCUUGUACUCAUCGAAUGCGCGACGCAAACUUUCCCUUACGCAAACGCGCGAAGCUACAUCGACGUGGUCCAAAGCAUCGUCGAAAGCCCGGAGCCUCGCCUUCCUGAAGUGGAUGGUAAUGGGGAGCCGUUUACUCCCGAGUUCCACGAAUUUAUUGGCCGGUGUCUGAAGAAGGAGCCCUCAGAGCGUGCGUCAGUCGAGGAGCUCCUCGCUUCGCCUUGGCUGCAACUACACAACGCCACAUCCACCGAAAGAUGCAUGCAGCGGUGCGCUACGUGGCUCCAGAAACUCCAUCUCGUUACUGAGGACGCAUCGGAAGCGAAGGAAUCUCACGGGCAGCGUCAGGACGCGAAGGAGCUGAAGGCGAAGCAGCUCGAUGAAGACGACGAGAUCGAGGAAGAUAUUGAGGUGCAUGAAGAUAGCGAUUAA